AUGGACACUUCUGGGCACUUCCAUGACUCGGGGGUGGGGGACCUGGAUGAAGACCCUAAGUGUCCCUGUCCAUCCUCUGGGGAUGAGCAACAGCAGCAACAGCAACCGCCACCACCGUCCGCGCCACCAGCAGUCCCCCAGCAGCCUCCAGGACCCUUGCUGCAGCCUCAGCCUCCGCAGCUUCAGCAGCAACAGCAGCAGCCGCAGCAGCAGCAGCAGCAGCAGCAGCAGCCUCCACUGCAUCCCCUGCCUCAGCCUGCCCAACUCCAGAGCCAGCUUGUCCAUCCUGGUCUGUUGCACUCCUCUCCCACGGCUUUCAGGGCUCCCACUUCGGCCAACUCCACCGCCAUCCUCCACCCUUCCUCCAGGCAAGGCAGCCAGCUAAAUCUCAAUGACCACUUGCUUGGCCACUCUCCAAGUUCCACAGCCACAAGUGGGCCUGGUGGAGGCAGCCGGCACCGGCAGGCCAGCCCCCUGGUGCACCGGCGGGAUAGCAAUCCCUUCACGGAGAUAGCUAUGAGCUCCUGCAAAUACAGCGGUGGGGUCAUGAAGCCCCUCAGCCGCCUCAGCGCCUCUCGGAGAAACCUUAUCGAGGCCGAGCCUGAGGGCCAGCCCCUCCAGCUCUUCAGUCCCAGCAACCCCCCAGAGAUUGUCAUCUCCUCCAGGGAGGAUAACCAUGCCCACCAGACUCUGCUCCAUCACCCCAACGCUACCCACAACCACCAGCAUGCCGGCACCACUGCCGGCAGCACCACCUUCCCCAAAGCCAACAAGCGGAAAAACCAAAACAUUGGCUAUAAGCUGGGACACAGGAGGGCCCUGUUUGAAAAGAGAAAGCGACUGAGUGACUAUGCUCUGAUUUUUGGGAUGUUUGGAAUUGUUGUUAUGGUGAUAGAGACCGAACUGUCUUGGGGUUUGUACUCAAAGGAUUCCAUGUUUUCGUUGGCCCUGAAAUGCCUUAUCAGUUUAUCCACCAUCAUCCUGCUUGGUUUGAUCAUCGCCUAUCACACAAGGGAAGUCCAGCUCUUUGUGAUCGACAAUGGUGCAGAUGACUGGCGGAUAGCCAUGACCUAUGAGCGCAUCCUUUACAUCAGCCUGGAGAUGCUGGUGUGUGCCAUCCACCCUAUUCCUGGAGAGUACAAGUUCUUCUGGACCGCACGUCUGGCCUUCUCCUACACCCCUUCUCGGGCAGAGGCUGAUGUGGACAUCAUCUUGUCCAUUCCCAUGUUCUUGCGCCUGUACCUGAUCGCCCGAGUCAUGCUGCUACACAGCAAGCUCUUCACUGACGCCUCGUCCCGGAGCAUCGGGGCCCUCAACAAGAUCAACUUCAACACCAGAUUCGUCAUGAAGACACUCAUGACCAUCUGCCCUGGAACGGUGCUGCUGGUGUUCAGCAUCUCUCUGUGGAUCAUCGCUGCCUGGACUGUGCGAGUCUGCGAAAGGUACCAUGACCAGCAGGAUGUAACUAGUAACUUUCUGGGUGCCAUGUGGCUCAUCUCCAUCACGUUCCUUUCCAUUGGCUAUGGGGACAUGGUGCCCCACACAUACUGUGGGAAAGGUGUCUGUCUUCUCACUGGCAUCAUGGGUGCAGGCUGCACUGCCCUUGUGGUAGCUGUGGUUGCCCGGAAGCUUGAGCUCACCAAAGCAGAGAAGCAUGUUCACAACUUCAUGAUGGACACUCAGCUCACCAAACGGAUCAAGAAUGCGGCGGCCAAUGUCCUCCGGGAGACGUGGUUAAUCUACAAACACACAAAGCUGCUAAAGAAAAUUGACCACGCCAAAGUCAGGAAGCACCAGAGGAAGUUCCUCCAAGCUAUCCACCAACUAAGGGGUGUCAAGAUGGAGCAAAGGAAGCUGAGUGACCAAGCCAACACCCUGGUGGACCUUUCUAAGAUGCAGAAUGUCAUGUAUGACUUAAUCACGGAGCUCAAUGAUCGGAGUGAAGACCUGGAGAAGCAGAUCGGCAGCCUAGAAUCCAAGCUGGAGCACCUCACAGCCAGCUUCAAUUCCCUGCCCCUGCUCAUCGCAGAUACCCUGCGUCAGCAGCAGCAGCAGCUGCUCACUGCCUUCGUGGAGGCCCGAGGCAUCAGUGUGGCAGUGGGAACUAGCCACACACUUCCCUCUGACAGCCCGAUCGGGAUCAGCUCCACCUCCUUCCCAACCCCAUACACAAGUUCAAGCAGUUGCUAA